UCUACCUGGCACCACUCACUGGCUGCCACACAGACGAAAAUUCUAGCGUUUGAGACUGAGGAGACUGAGGAGACGGGGAAGAAGUUUAGUGCUACCCUUCCCUGGUUUGUUAGGGUGCACAUAGCAUCAAAACCAUACGGACUCAAUUUUGAAAGUGUUUUCAGAGAUAUAAGAUGAAUCUGAACUACACAUCCCCAGUGCCUCAGAUGCCAGCCCAGAGGUCAACGUCGUUCUUCAUCGAAGAUAUUUUACUACACAAACCCAAGCCCCUGAGAGAGGUCUUCCACUCGCCGUUCUCAAGCUCUCUGGCGUCCCGAAUGCCUCUCCUAGAAUAUGGAUACCCACUGAUGCCCACUCCGAUACUAGCGCAUCACCCGCACCAUCCUCUACAAAAGCUGGACCAUCACCAGUAUUUCUUUACGUCUGGGAUGCAAAUGCCGGCUUUAUUUCAGCAUCAUCCAGAGAUACCGGGCAAGCAUUGCAGACGCAGGAAGGCGAGAACGGUUUUCUCGGAUUCUCAACUAUCUGGGCUGGAAAAGAGAUUUGAGAUACAACGGUACCUAUCCACGCCAGAACGAGUGGAGUUGGCAACAGCGUUAAGUCUCUCGGAAACCCAGGUGAAAACAUGGUUUCAAAACAGAAGGAUGAAGCAUAAAAAGCAACUGAGGAAAACACAAGACGACCAGAAACAUCCGAAUGAUUUAGAUAGAUCCAUGGAUAACGCAAGUGAGAGUGAACUCAACGAAAAGAAUACAGGUGACGUUAACAGUGGAAUCGACCCGGACUCAUACAUUUUAGAGGAAAAUGAGGAUGAUGUUGAUAUCGAGGAUGACAUAUGCUCGCCAAAACCUUCACUAUAGUGGAAGUGGCAAGUUGUUUUAAAAACAAAUAACCAUGACCCGCUGUAAAUGUAAAUAUUGAAUUGUGUCUUUUCCAUAUUAAAUUAUAUAUUGUUUUUUAAAACAAAUCAAUGACAAUAAUGCAAAGUAGUAUUUAUUCAAAGUGUAUGCGUAAUAUGUCACUACACAUUCAUUUUAGGCUCUGUCUAUAUUUAUGUUUUCCGUGACUGUAAAAUGCAUCAUAUCAAACAACUGUACAUACAAAAUAUAAUCUGAAGCAAUGUUCAUUAUUAGGAUGUUAUUAUUAAUAUUAUUAUUAUUAUGACUAUUAUUAUCUUCGAAUCAAAAGUCAAACAAAAACCAGACAUCUUCAUUUUAAGAUGUUUUUUUUGUGUGAAUGUUUAAAGCCACAAGUUGAAUAUUUUGCGAGAAAAUCUUUGAGAAACAUUUGUAUAUUCCUACUUUGAUAAACAAAAUCUCAAUUUCAGCAUGUCACAUUAUUAACAUUUAUUUUUGCACUUUCGUUCAGGUAGCUUAAUCGAAAUAUGUUGCAGAAUAUGCCCUUUGAAGUGUUAUUGCUUUGCUAUUAAA